AUGAAGGCUUUCCGCUAUUAAGUUACUCUCAACAUCAGCAAAGUAGAGCUCUCUGUUAAAUUCCCCUGCACUUUACAAGUGAUGUGGAAAAGAGGACUCAACAAAUGUUUGACUAGAACCAAAGAAAAAACCAGAAACAUCUUCAUAGUUAACGAGGUACUCACACUGGAUUUCAAUGUUGGUGAAAAUACUCAGAAAAAGACUCAUCUCAUUGCCCUUUUGAAUGUUGAUGGACAAUCUAAAUUGGCUGGCGUUGUUAAUUUUAAUAUUAAUGAAACCAUGCCCAUUGAAGAACAAUGCGCACUCGAUUUAGAAAGAAGCCCAGAUCCAAAUGCAAAAAUCUACUUUACUUAUCAAGUCGUCAAUCUCGGAGAAACUGACCUCAGUGAAAGUCGUGCCAGUGAGUCAUUUCACCAAAAAACCCUUGCAGAUUCAUUUGGGUUUGACAAGGAGAAUCUCAAUCAAAGGAUUCUUAGUCAGAAGAAGUCUUCUACUUAGCAAAUCUCCAAUUAUGAAGCGAUAUUAACUAAGGAACUCUAUGAAAAGAGUCUCAAAGAUCUUGAUCAAUAAAAAAUCAAGAAUACCCAACUCCAAGAUUAACUCACUCUAUUGACAAAUGAGAAAUCUAAUUACACAGAAGAACUUAAAAAGUUGAAAACCUAAAUUAUUUAACUUAAAAACGAAAAUGAGUAUUUAGAAGAAUAGUUUGAAUCAUAAAAAUAAGAAAUUAUUAAAUUGAAGGAAAAUGCACAAAAAAUUACCUAAUUUUAAGUUUAAAAUGAAAAAUUGAAUCAUGAAAUUGAAAAUUAUAAAAUUCAAAAUUCUGUUUUAGAAAAUAAAUAUCAAUAAACAUUCAAAAAGGCUAAACAAUUGGAAGAAAAGGUUGAAUUUUCACAUUUUAAUAAAAUUGAAAGAUCAACCAACACUUAGUUUCAUGAAAUCCCAGAAUAUGUCUAAUAAAAUACCACAAUAGCACAAUUAGAUGAUCAAGUGAAAGAACAUGCGAGAAAAAAUGAUAAAUUGACAUAUGAAUUGCAAUUUACAAGCAAUAAGUUAAAAACCUUAGAACAAGAAUUAUCAUAAUGUAAAUGUUAAGUGGUACAAUACUAAACAUAAUCAAGUCAAUUAAAAGAAUAAUGCAAUCGAUAUGAAACUGAAAAUUCAAAACUGAAGAUGUUGAUUAAAUAAUUGGAAUAAGAUUAAAACAACAAGGAUAGAGUAUAAAAUAAAAGUUAGACAGAAUAUCAAAAGUAGGUAGAAUCAUUAAAAGAUCAACUUAAAUAGAAUUCAGAGAAGUUAGAAUAAGUAAAUGAGAAGUAUCGAUCAGCCAAGGAGAGAAUUCAAAAAUAAAAUGAAAUAAUCGAAUAACAGAAUGAUGAACUCACUUUGUAAAACAUGACAUUUCUUAAGGAGUUAUAAUUAAUUGCAAAAAGGUAGGAAUAAUUUGGGAUUGUUUGA